AUGGCGCAAGUCAGCAAGCCGCAAGCGCUGGCGGCUGCUGGAGCUGGCGUAGUGCUGCUGGGGAUUCUGGCUGUGCGCCUCAAGCGAGCACGAGCGCGAAAGGCUUACGAGCUUCCUGCCUGGCUGCGCUGGCUGGAGGAAAGCUCCUCGCAUCUUCGAAUGCGAAUGCGAGAAUGGGAGGAUGGCCCGUGGCGCCGGAGUCGAGGCUGGCACGGCUCAGACCUCAUUCACAGUCCGGACAGCGCAGUGUACAUACCGUGCUACUUCUACAGCCCAGAGGAGAAGAUCCUGCAGGGCCCUGUGGAGUUUCGCAGCGGGGCCGAGAGCCACCGAGGGAUCUGCCACGGCGGAGCCAUGACCUCCGCCAUGGACGACGUCCUGGGCCACCUGGCCUUCCUGGCGGCCGGAACUGGGCCCUGGAGCGGUGCGACGGUGCAGGUGAACUGCAAGCUCAGCAAACCCGUUCGUGUCGGUCAGACGCUGCUUUUGGAAGGCAGAGUCGCGAAGCAGGAGAAGAAAAAGGUCUUUGUCGAGGCCCGGCUGCUGGACGAGGCUGGCGACGUUUACGCCACUAUGGACGGGCUCUCCAUCGUAGGUGCCAAGAUCCAGGCCGAGGAAACAGACCUGGACAAGCGUCGUUGGCACUUCGAUGAUGAAAUGCGUGCAGUGCUCGACAGCCCGGACCAUCGGCACGUGCUGGGAGGCGCUUGGAAAGUACCCCCUGGCACCUUUUUAGCCAUGGGCUGCAGCUCGACGAAGAUUACUUCCUUCGACAAGCUUGACGUUCGGUUCGACGAGCGGGAAAUCCUGCCGUCAUUGCCCCGAAGGGCCAGCAAGAUGGCGGGGAGACGGGAUCCCACACAGGUCGGUCAGGUGUGUACGUCAGAAAUAGAGCCACUAGACUACACGCUGCCUCAUUCAUUGGAGGAAGAGUCCGAUGCAAGCACAGACUGCUUGUUGCCGGGCAGUUGCGUUUGUGUCCAUGUCCAUGUCCCAGAACACCUGCGAGGGGUCAUCAAAGAGCAGCCGAUGCUCGGAAGCUUCAAAGAACCGUCAGAGACCGAGUGCUCUUGGAACCUGCCCGGAUUUCGCGAGCGCUGUCGUGAUCUGCCCGUCGGUGUUGCGCUCCCCCCGGGUUACGAGAUGCACGUCUGGCACCUGAAGAAUCUCAACGGCUUUCUGAAGCAAGUCUCCACGUCGCCACAGAAUCUCGAAGACCAAGUGGCAAGAAAGAGGAUGCUAAGUGGAAUGGGCCGGGGGAAUGUAGACAAGCUUGCUCGGAAGACAACCCGGAAAAGUGCUCUGCACGUUCUGGGUCUCCUGUAG